ACUUGCGUCCUUUCGGUUUGAUUUUGUUCAGCUGAGGCGGAAGAUAAUCGUAGCUAUGUCGGUGACGGUGUUUGUGAAGGUGAGUUGCCAACGUUACAGCUAUGGGGUCGCGCUUCUGGAAUUGAGAAUUAAUUCAUUCCGUGAAAGCGGUGUUAAUUUCACAAAAUGUUGUGUUUUGGGUUUAGGGAUCUAACGACCAUUUUAAAGUUCACAAAGAGCUAGGAGAUUGCCCUUCCAGUCAGCGAAUUGUGAUGAUAUUGCGACUGAAAGGUGUUCCGUUCCAUCAAGAAUUCGUCGAUCUGACGAAAAAAGAUACGAAAAAGUGGGAUGAAUUUGUGCGAAGAACCCAGGGAAGAUUAAAACCACCUGUGCUUAUCCAUGGAGAUUUGGAACCGAUUGAAGACGCCGACGCGAUCGUGGGAUAUUUGGAGGAAACCUUUCCAGAGCCUGAUUUGAAGAGUUUGAAAGCGCAAGCCAACAUCGCCGGCCGCGAUUUGUAUUCAAAGUUCGCUUUAUUCAUGCGGAACAGCAUCCCAGACAACGAUGCUAAACUGCGCGCCGCGCUCGUAAGGGAACUUAAAAAGUUGAAUGAGUUUUUAGACAAGGAGAGCCCAGGUGCUUACCUGGACGGAGACAAAUUAAAGUUGCCAGACUGCAAUUUAUUGCCUAAACUUAUGCACAUCAAGGUGGCUGGAGAGCUCAAGGGGUUUACGAUUCCGGAAGAAUUUGAAGCCAUUUCGACUUAUCUGAGAGAGACACACAGACAGAAAGCAUUCAAGGAAACAUUCACCGAACCGGUAAAGCACGACAUAAAACAGGGUUGGCUCAAAAAGAUGGGAAAUUCUAUGGGUACUAAUUCGCAUAGAUAAACCUUACCGGAACCUUUUUUUAAAUUAUAUUAGCGCUGAAUACUGAGACAACACGCUGAAGCCGUAAAUGUUAUUACUUAAAAAUCCGAAAGAUGUUCUCUUAAAUAACAAAAGAAAGAAGGGGUCGUUUGAAACAGAGUAAAAUGUUUGAAGCUCGCUGUAAGCGAUACUUCGUUAAGUCACACUUAACGUGUUAUUAAAAUGGUAGACCAACAUUUGAAUAUUAACAAAUUUCUCUUGUUUUUAAUGACUUUUUUCGCACAAAUAGAAAACGCUGUACUAAAGGCGGAACAUUUUUGCAAAAUUUUCACACAAAAUAAUUUUUUCUACACCAUCCGAAACCAACCAGAUCGGUCUCGUUUUCAAAGCUGACAGCGGUAAAUUAUUCAUUCUU